UACUCUGUUGUUCAGUACAAAUUGAAGGAAACCACACCGACAAUAAAUUACAGAUAGAUAAUCAAUUAUUUGAUCCAAAAAUACUCCAGCCUUUUCCGAUUUCAAACGACAUUUGUGACAGCUGAAUGCGGGGGGACCUCAGGCGCGCGGAGGCUUGUUUUCUAGUAGACCAUGCUAGCACUGCUAGCUAACUAGCCAGCGUCUCGUCGCCUCCUCUUCAUCUUCAUGGGUUUCUGCUGUUGAGUCUGCCAGGCUUGUGCUGGAGGCAGCGAGGCUAACAAAUUAAUGCCAUCGGCCAGGAACUCAGGUCAUAUUAUGAGUGGGGCGAGUUGCAAAGCUAACGGCGCCGUGUACCCCGCCUCAUCAGCGAUGAUGAACUCCGUGAAGAAGCCGAAGAUGGAGCAGAUUCAGGCCGACCAUGAGCUGUUCCUACAGGCCUUUGAAAAACCAACUCAGAUAUACAGAUUUCUCCGCACAAGGAACUUGAUUGCACCAAUAUUUUUGCACAGGACGCUCACCUUCAUGUCUCACAGAAACGGUCGAUCAAAUGCCAGAAGGAAAGCAUUCAAAGUGGAUGAUAUGUUGCAGACAGUGGAGAAGAUGAAGGGAGAGCAGGAUUCUCCAAGUUUGUCUUCGCAUCUACAGUUAACCUUCACUGGGUUCUUUCAUAAGGAUGAAAAGCCAUCUCAAAAUUCAGAAAAUGAACAAAGUUCUGUGUCCUUAGAGGUGCUACUAGUCAAAGUCUGCCAUAAAAAACGCAAGGAUGUCAGCUGCCCGAUUAAGCAAGUGCCUACAGGUAAAAAGCAGGUGCCUUUGAAUCCCGACAGUAACCAAACCAAGCCUGGCUCCUACCCUUCCUUACUAGUCUCCAGCAACGAGUUUGAGCCCAGCAACAGCCACAUGGUCAAGUCCUAUUCGCUCCUGUUCAGGGUUUCACGCACAGGGAGGAGGGAUACAAAUGGUCUGGUCAACGGAGAGGCCAACGAGAACAUUGAUGUAACAGAUACGCCCAGUAGAAAGAAGAGAAGUUCAUCCCACAGAGAGGACGGAGAGGCCACAGAGACCUACGUUGCACAGAUGACUGUCUUUGAUAAGAAUAGGAGAUUGCAGCUGCUGGAUGGAGAGUAUGAGGUGUCAAUGCAAGGGAUGGAGGACAGCCCCGUCAGCAAGAAACGAGCUACGUGGGAAACGAUUCUCGAUGGAAAGAGACUGCCACCUUUUGAGACAUUUUCUCAGGGACCCACAUUGCAGUUCAUGCUGCGCUGGACAGGUGAUGCUAGUGGAAAGUCCACCGCCCCAGUGGCCAAACCCCUAGCUACCAGAAACUCUGACAGCUCCGGCCCCAUGGAGACUAGAACCAGCAACCACCGAGCUGCCCUCAUGACAGUGAAAGAGUCAGUCAGCACAGACAUUCAGACGAGGAAAGAGCAGGUCCCGUGUGAGCCGCGGCAGAAGCUACGUAUAUUUUAUCAGUUCUUGUACAACAAUAACACACGGCAGCAAACGGAGGCAAGAGAUGAUCUUCACUGUCCCUGGUGUACCCUGAACUGCAGCAAACUCUACAGCCUGCUCAAGCACCUCAAACUCUCCCACUCCCGCUUCAUCUUCAACUAUGUGCCUCACCCCAAAGGAGCAAGAAUAGACGUGUCCAUCAAUGAGUGCUAUGACGGCUCAUAUGUUGGCAACCCUCAGGACAUCCACAGCCAGCCUGGCUUUGCUUUCAGCCGCAAUGGCCCAGUCAAGAGGACCGCUGUAACUCACAUACUGGUUUGCAGGCCCAAGAGGACCAAACCGAGUCUGUCCGAGUUCCUGGAGACUGAGGACGGAGAGUUGGAGCAGCAGAGGACCUACGUUAGCGGACACAACCGUCUCUACUUCCACAGUGACAGCUGCAUGCCCCUGCGGCCCCAGGAGAUGGAUUUGGACAGUGAGGACGAGAGAGAUCCAGAGUGGCUCAGAGAGAAGACCGCCACGCAACUGGAUGAGUUCACAGAUGUCAAUGAAGGAGAGAAGGAAGUGAUGAAGCUGUGGAACCUGCACGUCAUGAAGCAUGGGUUCAUAGCGGACAACCAGAUGAAUCAGGCCAUCAUGCUUUUCGCUGAGAACCGUGGUGCUCACAUCAUCCGCCGCAACCUCUGCCGCAACUUCCUCCUGCAUCUAGUCAGCAUGCACGACUUCAACCUGGUGAGCACGGCCACCAUUGACCGUGCCAUGGCCCGCCUGCGACAGAUCCGAGAGGAGCUGCCGGACGCUGAGGAGGAGCAGCAGGACCAGACUCUGGUGUCAGCGGGGGCCUGCAACGGCAACGCCGUCUCCUCCACUGGAGGCAAACAGGGCAAGAGGACAAAAAGCGCACUAACGGACUGAUGUAGGAUGGAUGGAACAAUGAUUGUCAUGGGUUUUUUUUUUUUUUUUUUUGGUUGUUUUUGAUUUUGGGUUUUUCUUUCCUUUUUUUCCAAUGAACCUUACCAACCCUUUGGUGCUUAGAUAGAUGGGAGAACUGGUCACCAGAGGAUCUGACCUGAAGCAGACCAGUAUACAAGGUAAACAAGUUUUUGGAACUUGAGAAUUGAACCAAAUAUGAACAAUAUAAAAGUGAAUCACCCACACCUACACAAACCAGGAAUUUGAGGACUGGAUGAUGCAAGUUGAACCUACUUGAUAAGCAUUUUGUAGGUGCCAGUGACGCAUCGGCCUUUGGGGGUGAGAGUGUGAACAAACUCAGAGUCUUCUGAUGUGGCACGGCUGUCUUUGGUACCGUAUGUCCUCGUUCUGGACAACUGUAUCAAGACUACAGUUCAGACUGAACUGCUAACAUUGUCACUCUUGAUUAUUUGUACACAUACACAAUAACCUUGUUGAGAACGUAUUCUUUUAGCUGAUUUAUUUUAGCACUUGGUGUUUGUAUUUAGAAAGCUUACGUUGAAAUUGUCUUUUUUUUUCUUUUCUUUUUUUUUUAUUUGUGCUGCGCCAAAUGUUAAAAGCAGCUUUUCCACUGUCACCAGUGGAGAACUUUUAGUGAGUUUGAUUUCACUGUUGUGAAUGACAUUUAAUUUGAAGGGUCAUACAAUUAAGAGAACAUUACAGUAUAAAUCUACACAUGGCAUCAGUGUCUAGAGUAUAUAAAAGCCUGUAAAGCUUGUGUUAGGACCCCACAGUGGAUAGUGGGUUUUACUGGUAGGUUGCCAUGACAAUAGUGUUAUACUGUAAAGCCUUGGAUCCUGGACAGGAGAAUACAUUCAGAACUCCCACUCCAUCACCCCUAAGCCUUUUGGCCUGCAUUGAUAAACGCUCAAGGAAAGCCAGGGAACUCAACUUUUCUGUAGAUUUAAGUUUUUCCUAAGAUUUACUGAGACAACCAGCAGCACAUCACCUCAUGUAUUGUGCAGAGUGCAUUCAAGAUAGAAAAGUCAGCAGUCUCUGUUGAUACUGGCACCUGUAGUGUCUUUUCACUUUGAGGUUUGAACAUUUAGACUUUUAAACACGGGUGGGAGUAUCAGUAGUGGACUGACAGAAAUGUGUAUACAUGUAACCACAUCAAAUGUUUAGCUGUGCCCCGUUCUGAAUCCAAUAAUUAACAGAUUGCAGUCUCUCUCUCUCUCUCAAAGCAAUAUGCUGUUUAUUGGAUGGUUUUCAGCUCCAAGUCAGUCGUCUGUCCUGUUAGGUGCAGUUUAUGCCAAAGGGGAAUAUUUUCAUCAGACUCUUUAGUUCUUUUUUUUUUUUUUUUUUUUUAAAGUGUCUCUUCUUUUGUUUCGCUCCAUGAGAAGUUUUUGAAAAAAAAGCAGCAGUAGUUGAGUUUUAUAGUGUGCACAUAAAUUGGUGAUACUCACCAUUCAUUAUUUCAUCAGUCUUCCCUUACGGACAACCAAAUUUAACAAUUUUAUUUUUCUCCCUCCACCCUUCAUGGAGGGUUUCUGUGCUCAUCUGGAAAAAAAAAAAAGGCUGACAUAUUCAUCAUUAUUGUCAAAACACCCUGUUAGAAAUUGUGAACU